UGUGUGCGUUAUGACGUUUCCGUGUGUGUUUCUUUCCUCGUCGACAUUUUGCAACGCUCAAGUAGAUAAACAAAGCCACGUGCUAUUGGGGAAGUUUCCGAGGGGGGCGGGGCCAGCGUGCUUCCGGGAGCCUAUAAGAAGCUGCGCACUGACAACAACACAAAACACUUGGAGGAGACACACUUAUCAACGCUCACUUUCGCUGUGAAUUACUCUGAUCAAGCACAGGAUGCCCUUCCUGGGACAAGAUUGGAGGUCGCCGGGUCAAAGUUGGGUUAAAACCGGGGAGGGAUGGAAGAAGACAGCAGUGGACGACAAGAACAACAACGUCACCGUGGAGAGCUUCUGCAAGGCGGAGCAGGAAUGUUUCAACAAGGAGAACUUGCUGCUGUCUCUCAGCUAUGACAUGGCUGCAAAGAAGAGGAAAAAAGACCACAUGAACAACAACACCAAGAUUCCAUAUUUCCACAGGGAAAAGUGGAUUUAUGUUCAUAAAGGAAGCACCAAGGAGCGCCAUGGAUAUUGUACUUUGGGAGAGGCCUUCAACCGUUUGGAUUUCUGCAGCGCCAUCAAGGACACCAGGAGGUUCAAUUACGUCGUCAGACUCCUGGAGCUUAUCGCCAAGUCGCAGCUCCCCUCACUCAGCGGUGUGGCUCAGAAAAACUACAUGAAUAUUCUGGAGAGAGUGGUGCAGAAAGUGCUUGAUGACCAGCAGAAUGUUCGUCCCAUCAAGGAGCUCCUGCAGACGCUGUACGUGUCGCUGUGCAGCUUGGUUCAGGACAUGGGCAAGUCUGUGCUGGUGGGGAACAUCAACAUCUGGGUGCACCGCAUGGAGAACAUCCUGCAGUGGCAGCAGCAGCUAGACAACAUCCAGAUCAACAGGCCAACAUCAACAGGCAUGACACUGACGGAGCUGCCUGCCAGCCUGCAGCUGAACAUCAUGCAGCGUCUGUCAGACGGCAGGGAUCUGGUCUGUCUGGGCCAGGUUUGUCCAGAACUGGGGGGACUCGCUGAGGACCGGCUGCUCUGGAGGAGACUCUGCCAGUACCACUUCACAGACAGACAGAUCCGAAAGCGCCUGAUUGUGUCAGAUAAAGGCCACCUUGAGUGGAAGAAGAUGUACUUCAAGUUGAGUCGAUGCUAUCCUCACAGAGAACAGUACAGCGACACUCUGCACUUCUGCUCACACUGCCACAUCCUUUUCUGGAAGGACACAAAUCAUCCCUGCACUGCCAACAACCCAGACAGCUGCACCAUGGCCCUGUCCCCACAAGACUUUAUCAACCUUUUUAAAUUCUGAUCCCUCCCCGCCCCCUGAAAUCCACAUAAACUGGGUGUACAUAAUGUACAUAUACAUGUAUAAUAUUUUUGUUUUCAGUUGAGAUGGGACUCGACGGUGGUCAGGCAGUGGGACAAUUAUGCAAUUGAGAUUUUGGUUUGUUGCUCGUUUACUUUUUUUUUUUUAGGCUGCCAUUGGUAAGUGAGUGAAAAGAGAAGGAAUGUUGGAAGAAUAUGCUUCUAAUGCAAGAACGGGGGCAGUAUUCACGGAAAUGUCAGUUUAUUUGGGGGUUUUGAAUUCCAGGUUCACAUACUUGUGGAGUUUUGUUCCUCCAGUUGGAAGGAUUUUGCUUUACAGCGUUUGCCUCAAAAACCCUGGUUAUGGUUUAUUUCAACAUGGAAGUCUGAGUGGCUUUGUGGAAUUAUUUGUAUUGGGGAUAGUGUUUAAAGCACAAAAGUUGCGAACAUUGUUUGGCUCUGCUCAUUCUGGAGGCUUCAGUGGUGGGGGGGGGAUUUAAGCAACUGGGUGUUGAUGGAUAAUGUUUUCUAUAUACUUUUUUCACUUUUAUAAAGAUUUCAUACCUUUUUUUUAAUGUGUUCAUUUUCUGCUGUGGCUGCUAUUUCAGUAGUUUUGGAUACUUCGUGUGCCUUAUUGCAAAACUUGAAACUGGUACAGUUUUUUUUUUUUGUGUGUUUUUUUUUUCCCCCUAGAUCUUUAACAUGAACACAAUCAUGUGUAUUAUUCGUUACCAAAGUUGAUUUAAUUUUUUAUUUUUAUUUUUUUCCCCCUAAAGCCUCAUGCAUGACAAAGCACCAUCCUGCUUGCAUUUAUAUAUUCAAUAUUCUGGUUAAGUAACUCAACUUGUUCAAAUGUUGUAUCCAGACGUUCUUUUAGCGCUGCUCAGACAGUGACGUACAUGCUAUGCAAUGCAUUUUGUUAAUGUUCUGUUGGUUAAAUAAAAUAUUUACUUUGACAACAACUUGUAUGUGGUCUACAUACUUGACAGACGUUUUAAGGCUGGGCUUAAAAAUGAUAGUAUUUUGAGGAAUAUUAUCGCAAUACCCGAUUUAACGUUGCUCAGAACCACAUGCUACAGUAGAACAUAACCACAGACCGUCUAUAGUAUAGCUUGUCAUGCAGUUUCACCUCUUAAUAAACUGAGUUGUGAGGGACAAAACUGCCAUUGGCAAAACAGCACCCCCACCUGGCUGUAAAGAGGCACUUGAGCCAAUACACAACAAUGUAUCCUGUUUGUGUUUGCCAAUAGUCGUGUAUUGAAACGGUCAAAUGAUUGUACAUUAUCGGAUUUUUUUUAAAUUAUUGAUGCGACAAUUGUUGUAAAUCUGGCAACGCUGUUUUUACUUGCGAAUUCUAGCGUCCAAUAAGAACAGUGCUCUCUCGUGGAUAAAUGGUGAAUUGCAAGAGUCAGAAUAUUUGGUUCACAUUAAACUAGUUUAUUGCUCAGUGUAGAGAUGCAACAGAUAAAACUAAAUGCAACUUAUUUUUGCUUGUUGCCAGAUUUCAUAUUACAAAUGGCCUAGAGGGAGGAUGUCCUUGAAAUGAUCA